AUGGAUUUGCUCCCUGCCGAGAUCCUCGGGCUCAUCCUCCUCUGGGAUGUCCGGAUGUGCCGCCUUGAUAAGAACAUCAUCCUCCCUUUGCGCCUCGUCUGCAAAGCCUUCGAUGUCGCCCUCCGACCUUAUAUCUUCAAGACUAUCCAGCUCGAGUUCUCGCGCUUUCUACGAAGCGCCGUGCCUAAUACUGGAAGCUUGACCAGAGUGGGACAUUUGUGCGAGGCUAUCUACCUGGAUAUGAUGAUGAUUAGGGAUGAAGAGGAGAUAACUCGUCUUACCGAUAUAUUUCAAGGACUGGUAUCCAAGGUUCCCGAAAUGGUUCCUCUUCUGGCCUCACUGCGGAAAUACUGUAUGAAUGAAACUACUUUUGACGAAGUCGAUUUCCAUCAUAUGUUAGAGAAUGUCCUUACAUUUGUCCCUGGCAUGCGUCGUUUGAAGAUGAACCUCCCUUUCCAAGUCGUUGGAACUCAAAGCUCCCCAGCCACCCUCCUCCUAGCAACCACAUUAGCAUGCCUUGCGAAGCGCGACGAAGAACAUCACCAGCUCGAAACCCUCGUGGUAGAUCAUGUCAGCGACACCUCGGUGAACAACAUCUGUCAUAAUCCAAUUGAUCUUAGAAACUCCAUCAUUGUGUUCAAGGGAUUAAAGAAUCUGGUAUUAUCCAUCAAGAGACAGGAGACUCGGACCCCGACUUUUAAUAAGAAUUUAUGGUUCCUGGUACGGAAAGCUACCAAGCUUGAGAGCCUAUGUUUGAUUGGAUGGAAUAUGAAAAGAGAUAUCACGACCAGGAGACACCGACAUAGGGUCCCAUUACACGAAUGGAGGAUGCGCUCUUUGCCAUACCCACUAGAAGCCACGCAACCAUUCGACGGCCUGCGCUUUUUAGAACUUAAACGUGUCGACAUUGAUCCUCAUGAAUUCGUCCAACUGGUCAAGGACUGCUCGGGGAGCUUGGAGGAGCUUUACAUCAUUGAGGUGUAUAUCAAGGUUUAUGGUGCUUCAGGUCUUGGAAACGUAUCAUUAUGGAUCGGCCAUCCCGAUGUCCAGAGAUCAGAGUCGGUUUGCUGGGUUGCUCAGGAUCUUCGCAAAAUGAAGACUUUGAAGCUGUCUAUCCUGCGUGCUACGGGUAUUGGGUACGAUGACUUUGACACAACUUGGACGUCGUCGGAUCCCUAUUUCGACCUCGAGGAUCCGAGCGGUCUUUACAAAUCAUUUGAUCAACGAUUUCUAGAGGCAGUCAUGCAACCCAAUAAAUCAAGCGCUGGUAACAGCCCAAUAGGAUCUACCACUAGUGUUCUACCUACUACAUUAAAUUCAGAAGAGGGUGACAAUCUUGCCGAAAACGCGAUGGAUCAUCAGCUUCCAGAUGGCACUGAUGCUGCCAUGAAUGCCAUGGCUUCAAACUCAGUAGCCCAGCCGAACCCGCCAGCUACAUCCAACCUAGGAUCUAGUCCUCCUGGACCCACCGACCCACAAAUACCUCAAUCAUUACCACCCCUAACACCAGCGACUAAUCCUCCUCCGCAUCUCGAUGGGGGAGUUGGCCACUACGACGCCGAAACAUUCCAACGAUAUCACAAUACCACAUCAAAUUACAAGAGUAGCAUUGAUGGGUAUUUUUAUAACCACAACGAGGGAGCAUUGAGAGAACUUCAGAGUUUGAUAAAUGUCGCGGAUAGGGGAAUGGCCCUUAUUUCGGCCGAGAUUGAGAGGUUUAGAACUGUCGAGGUCGAUACCAAUACCGGGGCCCUUGUUAAUCCUCAGCCAGCACCUCCACCUCCUCCGCCGCCACAAGUAGGUUAG